UUUACCUUGUUCUCUCCCUUCGUUCGGCUCCAAGAGAAAUGGCCGUCGUCGCGUUGCCUCUGAGUCCGAAUUCAGGACUCCAUCUAUCGUCUCACAACCCAUGGACGCAGCGCAACCGAAGCCUCUCCUGCUUCUCGCUACGGUCGAAGUCUCGCAUUCGACGAGUUCAUUCAUUGUCUCUAAGAACCAACGGAGGCGGCCCAAUUUUUAUGUCUGAGGAUACCAACAUUAGUCCUCGUGAAGAGAUCCUGCGACUUUGCCUGACGGGUAAUCUCAGUAAGGCCCUCAGUUUGAUCUGUGAAUCCGAAAGUUCCAAUCUUGAUUCCCAAGUCUAUUGCUCCGUGCUGCAACUCUGCGCCAAACUCGGAGCCUUAGAGGAUGGCAUGAAACUUCACUCCAUCAUCUCUUCUUCGGGCCUUCAGAUAGAUAACGUUUUGGGAUCGAAGCUGAUGUUUAUGUAUGUCAAAUGUGGCGACUUGAGUCAGGGUAGAAACGUGUUUGAUGAGCUUGCCUCAAAAGAAGCACUUCCUUUGUGGAACUCGAUGUUGACUGCCUAUUCCAAGUCUGGUAAUCACAAGGAAGUCAUCUCCUUAUUUAAAAAGAUGCGGCAUGUCGGAGUUGUUCCAGACUCAUCUACUUCCUCCUGCGUUCUGAAGUGUUUAGGGUUUUUGGGCCUUGUUACUGAGGGAAAAUGGGUGCAUGGGUAUCUUGUCAAACUGGGUUUGGAUAGAUACAACGCAGUCGGGAAUGCUCUUGUUGCAUUUUACUCCAAGUGCCACAAAAUUGAUGAUGCAAUUAAGUUGUUUGAGGAAAUGCCUGACAAAGAUAUUAUAUCUUGGAAUUCAAUAAUCAGUGGGUGUGUUUCAAAUGGCCUUCCUGGAAUUAGCAUCACUCUAUUCAAUGAGUUGGUGUCUUUAGGAUUGCACUUUGAUUUAGCAACAUUGGCUGGUGUUCUUUCAGCUUGUGCUGAAACAGCUUGUCUGGGAGUAGGUAGAACAAUUCAUGGCUAUGCAAUUAAAGUUGGCUUUGUUGAAGAUAUAACCAUUCAGAAUUCUUUAAUUAAUAUGUACUCAAAAUGUUGGAAUUUGGUAGGCGCUGUUCAAGUUUUUGAGAAGAUGAAUGAAAAGAGUGUUGUUUCAUGGACUUCAAUGAUCUCAGCAUAUGCUCAAGCUGGACAGUUGGAGGAAGCAUUUUCUUGUUUUAGACAAAUGGAGUCGGUAGGAAUUAAACCAGAUCAAAUUGUCAUUGUAGCUAUCCUUCAUGCUUGUGCAUGUAAUCAAUCAUUGGAAGAAGGGAAAUACAUCCAUAGUUAUAUUGUCAGGAAUAAAUCGGAGAAGAAUAUUUUUGUCAGCAAUGCACUUAUGAACAUGUACGCAAAGUGUGGGAAUAUGCUAGAAGCAAAAAAGGUCUUUGAUGAAAUGGAUAGGAAGGAUAUCGUCUCAUGGAACACCUUGAUCGGAGGUUACUCAAAAAUAGGUAUGGCUAAUGAAGCACUUAAUUUAUUUUGUGAAAUGCAGUCUUCAUUGAGACCUAAUUCAGUGACCAUGUCGUGCAUUCUCCCUGCUGUUGCAAGCCUUUCAUCUUUAGAUAAAGGCAUUCAGAUUCAUGCCCAAAUAUUAAGGUAUGCGCGCUUGGAGGAUGGUUAUGUUACAAAUGCAUUGGUUGAUAUGUAUGUAAAAUGUGGUGCAUUGUUGCUCGCCUGUUUGUUGUUUGAUAGGAUUAGCAAAAAGGAUCGUAUCACAUGGACAGUGAUGAUUGCUGGUUAUGGCAUGCAUGGACAUGGUAACACAGCUAUCACCCUUUUCAAAAAGAUGAGAUACGAGGGCAUAGAACCAGAUGAAGUUUCUUUUAGCGCCAUCUUGUAUGCUUGUAGUCAUUCAGGACUCUUAAAUGAAGGGUGGAAAUUUUUUGAUAUGAUGAGAAAUGAAUGCAAAAUAGUACCAAAUUUGGAGCACUAUACUUGUAUGGUUGACUUACUUAGUCGUGCUGGACAUCUAACAAAAGCAUACAAGUUCAUAGAAUCAAUGCCCAUACAACCAGAUUCUACAAUUUGGAGCACAUUGCUCAGUGGUUGUAGAAUUCACCGGGAUGUGAAACUUGCUGAAACUGUUGCUGAGAAAGUUAUUGAAUUAGAGCCAGAUAACACACGACAUUACAUUCUUUUAGCAAAUACAUAUGCAGAUGUAGAGAGGUGGAAAGCCAUGAAGAAGUUGAGGAAAAGUGUUGGUACUUGUGGGCUGCAGAAGAAUCUCAACUGUAGUUGGAUCGAGAUUAAAAAUAAAGUUCACAUUUUUGUUUCAAGUGACAGAUCACAUCCAAAAUUAAGGAAGAUAGAAUUGUUUCUUGAAGAAGUGUCGAGACAGAUGGAGACUGACGGCUCUGUCUCAAAAAUGAAGUACGCACUGUUGAGUGUCGAUUGUGCCACGAGGGAAGAAGCUCUUUGUGGGCACAGCGAGAAGUUGGCAAUUGCUUUUGGUAUCUUGAAUUGUUCCAAAGGAAAACCAGUUCGAGUUACUAAAAAUUCGAGAGUGUGUAUCGGUUGCCACAAUGUUGCCAAGUUUAUUUCAAAGAUGUCAAAGAGAGAGAUCCUUUUGAGGGAUUCCAAUAGGUUUCACCAUUUUGUGCAAGGGCGCUGUUCAUGUAGAGGCUACUGGUGAACUUCCGGGCAAAUGGUUUUCAAUCUGAACAUUAUAGAUGAAGCAGGCAGAUGAAUCUCAGAUAGAUCUUGAUGCUGACCUAGCAACCCGCUUGGGUUGGUCUCCGGAGAAACCACUAACCAAUAGGCCUCGAUACUAAAGGUCUAUUAAAAUUUACUAUUCGGUGCACAUUGACAUCUUUCAAGAAACUGAAGCAACAGUGUUGAGUUCUUGAAUGUAUCAUAAUCGAAUAGGUUUAGCUCAUGUUGUCACAGAACAUGUGCAUUGCCAUAUACAUUUUAUUCAAAUGGUUUCCUGCUCAGCUCUUGUCACAGAACAUGUAUCAUAAUCGAAGUUCCUAUUGACCAUUCAGAAAAAUUGAAAAAUGUUUACAGUAGUCGGCCAAUCAAUCUAGUAAUUUUAGGUCAAUCGUU